AUGUUGAAAUUGUUACCAGUAAGUAGAAAAUGAUUUAGUCUCUGGUAAAUGUUAAAAAUAUCACUUUUUUCAGAUGUUUCAACAAAACCAAUUGUAUUUGAUUGCAAAUACAAUAAAGCAAAUAAUUCCUCGAAUGUGGUAUUCAUAUGAUAAUCGAACCAUCAAUGAAUUCAAAAACUCAAACUCAACUUUUUCUUUUAAUCCUGACGCCGAUGGACAUUCAUCUACCAAGUAAGUUAAAGUUCAUUCUGGAACCUCCCAAGUGAGCUCAGGAAAUUAUAAUUACAUUUCAGGAUUGCCGAAAAUUCAUCCACAGAAUUUGGAAACACAACUGUUACUAUGCAGAUGACUGGUCGUGAACACCAAGUGGAAAAUCAAUCGACAAAAAAGGUUAUAAAAGCGAAGUUAAGCAAAACAAUUUGA